AUGGAUAAACAUACUUUAGAUAAGUUUAAGUAGCAUAAAUGGUAUAUCAAGGAUAUGAUUGCCGCUUUUGAAAAGGGAAAGCUGAUUCAUAGCAAAACAACUCCUAAUAAAAAUAUAUGGAUUUAUGAAUGUGUUGAUAAAAAGAGUAAAAAAGAUUACAUUAUGAAAAAUAUUAAGAGACAAUAUGAUAAAACCCUUGCUGAAAAUCUUUGUAAAUAGCUUUUUGACAUGUACAAUCUGUACGAAAAGAUGUAAUACAAAACAAACUUAGGAUUUAUCGCUGGAUUUGAUAUAGUUAAUGACGGCAAUGAAUUUUAUAUAAGAAUAAUUAUGGAAAAGUGUGUGGGUACUUUGAAAACAUUUUUGCAAUUAGGCAAUAGGAUUAAACCAGAUUAAUUUAUAGAGUAAUUCAAAUCUAUGGUAACCACAAUGUUUGAGUUAGAAGGGAGAAAUGUUAGUCACAAGAAUCUUACUUUGAACAACAUAUUUUAUAUUUUUAAUCAAGAAGGCAGAGUUGAGUUUAAGUUAUUUGGAUUUUCUAACUUGGUUUGGGGAGCAAAUGAUGGAAACUUAAGUUAUGUUUCGCCAGAAGAAAAAUAUCUUAUGAAUACAUUUGAAGGAUCUGCAUUAUCUACUCCUUAUGACAUGGACUAUUUUAAAGUUGAUUCUUUCAAUUUGGGAAUAACAUUUUUAGAGCUUAUAUUUUUGAAAGAAGUGAGCAAAUGGAAUUUCUCAUUAGAUGUAAUAGGUGAUCCAAAAAUGCUAGAUAUUUAUUAAAAUUAGGAUAAACUUAAUUCUAUGAUACAUGAAAAUAUAUCUUACUUAAAGGGUCACGAGUUUCUUUUUUCUCUUUUAAAAAAUAUGAUUCAUGUAAACCCUCGUAAAAGAGAUAGAUUCACUAAGAUUAUUUAUCAAAUGCAUGAAAAUUUAAAAUUAAAAAUCUACACAUUUGCAAUUGAUCCAGCCCAAACAUGGAAACCAACAAAUUUGUUGCACUUUGAAGAUCAAAAAAAUAAAGAAAUAGAAAAUCUACAUUCAGGAUACAAAAGCCAAAUAAAAAUUUUAGAAGAAGCAAUAAAGAAGCAGACUCAGAUAAUUAACUAACUUCAAUCCCAAAUAUUCACCAUGUAAGAUCAAAUGAAUUUGAUGCAAUCGAAUGUAAGACAUGUCACAGACUAAAGAAUUAUAAAUGAAUUUAAAAUAAUGAAAAAAAUUGAAGAACUUAAAGAAAAUACUAUCUAACCUAUCCCUAAAAAGCUUCCUACAAUUUAAGAAAAAAUGAAAAAGUCUAAGAUGGAAAAGUUUGACAAAGAAAUAUAAAGAGAAAUGAAAAUGACAUUAGGACCUAUUCUAACAGCAUUCAGACCGAAUGCAGUUAAUAGAGCUUAUUUAUUAGCAUGGUUAGCUUCUAAUACAACUUAUUUUAAAUAUGUUAACAUGUACAAAACAGCAGUUAAAGAUGCUAGUGAUUCAAAAAAUUCUGAUGCUAUAUUUGCUGCGAUUAGUGUUUUUUUUAAAAAUAAAAUAGAUUUGCAAAAAAUAUUCGAAAUUUUUGUUUAAGAUAAUUACCUAAGAAAACAUUUUAUAAGAUAUUUGAGAAUCUUUAAACCGAACUUAUUAAAAACUUUUUCAGAUUAUUUUUUCUUGUCUGAUUUAGAAUCAGGCUACAUACUUUAUAAAAAAGCUUUUGCAAAUGAUAAUAAAGAGUGUUAGAUUGAAUUUGUAAAGCUAGCUAAAUAGUUAGUUGCAAAUAAUAGAGCAGAGAAACUUGAAGAAAUUGUUUUAGAUCCCAUCACAGAGCAAGUUUAAUUUAUGAAUAAAUAUAAUGUGGAUGUACUGGCGACUGUAAAUGAAAGAUUGGAGGAGUUUUAUGAGAAUAAUUAAAUAGAUAAAGCUAACAAAUACAUUUAAGAAUAAAAUUUCAGUCCAAGAAUGGUUGUAAUUAAAUAAUUCAAAAGUCUUAUUAGGAUUAAAGAUUUCGAAAAGGCUGAUUAAUAUAUUGAAAAAAAUAAUUUUAUUGGGUAUGAUGAAUAAAACAAAAAAAAAAUUUAUAAUUUAGAUUUCUAAUUGAUUGCUGAUUAGUUUUAUAAAUCAUAGCAAUAUGAGAGGGCUUGGAAAUACAUUUUGAAAAUUGAAGAUGUAUUUGUAGCUUGCGAUAUCUUAGUAGGGCUAGAUCAAACAGACAAGGCAAUAGAACAUGCUGUAUAAAAUAAAAACAUUGAUGCCCUAUAAGGAAUAUUAGCUAAGACAAAAGAUGAGGAAACUCGCUCAAGAAUUAUUUAGCUUAAAGAAGAUGUAAAAAAAUAAUUGGCUGAGUAGAAGAAAAUUAAUUUUUUUAAAUGA